AUGAUGCUUGGUUUACAGGGGAGUACUUCAACCUCAAAAGUGUUUCGCUGUGUGGCCUGUUCAGCCACCUUCACAGGAUUGGCCUCCUUGCUUGUUCAUCAGGCAACCCAUGCAGGUGCACUUCCCAAGUCCACUGCCCCUCCACAGUGUAGCAGCAGCCCACACGAAACAUUGUUUUCAAGUAUGGACUUACCCAGUGAGCGCCCAAGUCCAUCCGCCCUCCUCCCUGAGAGCUCUUUACCUUCUUUUUAUAUUUGUGACUGUGGAGAGGAAUUUCAGGACUUCAGUCUAAUGCUUGAGCAUAAGCAGUUGCAUGUCACUCAGCUACAGCAAAUGCAACCUAAUGAUUGUAACAGUCCUGUCUCUGGAACGGGCUGUGACAAAGCUCUGCCUACCCAACAUUUAUCAUUCAGUCCAACUUUAUGUCUCUCUAACCCAAAGUCCCCAGCUGAAAUGUCCCCAUUACCACGCAGUAAAGCAGAUGAAACCUUGGAAGAUGGCAUUGCUAUGUUGACCCCCACGCAAGGGCAGUGUACACCUCCUCUAGAUGAGGGUGACACACAACCUGAAAGCAUGUCAGAUGAAUCAGACCAAAUGCCAGGGACUGUAGAGGACAUGACAACUUCCUUGCUUAUCAGUAAAAAUGAUGUGUGUCUACCCAAAAAUAAAGACCUCAUGAAGCUUUUAGCUUCAGCAUACAUGAAGCGCCCUCCAGCCUCUCAGUCCCAGAAUCAGAAUAAUGAUACAGUUACCCUGAAACAAGAAGUUAUCCAGGUCGAUAUAACACCAGGACAGAAACCUGAAGUUCCUCCCAUCAAUGAUCUUUCCAUUGCACAGUUGAGACGUCUGCUUGCCACACCUGGUAUUAAGACAAAAGCUCCAUCUAUAAGCAAAGUUCUUGAGUUAAGCAGAAAGAGGGUUGUCUCCCUGACUAAGACUUUCUCACCUGUUGUGGUUCUUGAAACUCGUCAAAAGCUUAAGGACCCUGGCAUUAAUGGCACAUAUGGAAGAUAUCAAUGUGGCCGCUGUCGUAGGGUCUUUCAAAACUUGGACAAACUGACAGAGCAUCAUUUCCUGCACAAAAAAGAGAGGAUUAAAUGUUGUCGCCGCUGCAAACAGCUCAUCAUCGGGCGUAUGCCUUUACGUGACAAUCAUGUCUGCCCUCAGCUGGGAAACCGCACCGUGCAGCUGUCAAGCGCUUUCAAAAGCAAGUCACCAUUUGCCCCUAAAAUAGUGCCAUUCCAUAGUCAAAACAAUGCAAGAAAGGUUUUCUUUUGUCCACUGUGCAAGCACAGCUAUGCACGGAGAUGGAACCUAAAAAUGCACAAGUGCCAGGGCCCAAGGUCAGUCUCCCCUGGGCCAGCCUCCCCAUCCAUUCAGAAAGUGCUGGCUUUGAGAUCAAACAGUAAAGCUAAAACAGAUGCAGAGGUGAAUGCUGGAUCUGCAGUUGCAAAGAGCAUUGCUGUGGGCACCGAUGUCACUGGUUGUAUCAAGGUGGAAGUAACCUCCCAAGAUUCAGAUCAGUCUGCAGUUUCACAAAUGGCUUGGGUACAUCCAGCACAAAGCUUUGCCCCAUUUUACCCCAAGACUGCUUCUUUGAGUGGUAUUUCUCUCCAACAACAAGAAGAAGAAAACAGUGGCUGGGAUACAGCAGAAAGUGACAAAGAAGAAAACGAUAAAGGGCAGUGGACAGUGCCCUUGGAUGAUGAAACUGAAGUGCUUAGCUCCGCAGAUAAAACUAGCAGUGAUGUAGAGGUCGCAAAAUCCGCAUCAGUCAAACAUGCAGAGACAGCACCCUCAGGCCUGCGCUAUUUCAUCAGAGAUGGUGUCAAACGAUACCCUUGUACCAGGUGCCAGAAAACCUAUAGUCGACCAUGUACUUUGAGGCGCCAUCUACGGCUGUGUGGGUUUAGACCACGAGGAAUAGGGGCCACAGCACAAAGCAGUAUUGAGGGUAUCACGCCCCUAAAUGCCAAUAACAAUAGACCAUUGUAUCCCUGCUUUGUCUGUGGGAGGGUUUUUAACCGCAAAGAUAACAUGAUGGUUCACAGAAGAAAUUGUCAGUUGCGUCGAACAAUGUCUGGUGCGGUAGGAGAGACUGCUCAGGAGGGUGUGUCAGUCAAUGCAGCAGAUUGUCAGGUCCAAGUGGAUGAUGGAAGCAACUGGGGUAUCAUGUCACUGCCCUCAGUUCUUCCAAGGAGGGUGACUUGUGAGUGUGGUGUUGGGUUUACAUCUCCUAGGCUUCUCUUAGAGCAUUUACAGAAGCAUGCACAGGAGUCAUACACAUGCCCAACUUGUGGAGAGACUGUUAGUUCCUGGGCUGACUAUGAAGUACAUCUGCAAAUCCAUAUGCACCCCCAUCACCAACUACUGAAAGGAUUACCACAAAGAUCCCAACCUCUCCUACUGCGGUUCCAGCAGCAGCCACCUCUGCAGCAGACACCUAAGCAGCAGCCACCUAAGCAGCAGCUACCUCCAUCAGUCCAUCAGCCUGCACAGAAGCAAACUGUCAAAGCAGCAGUGCAUCUUCCAGAUCCAUCGACAAAAGCGCAACGGCUUGUGUGCACACGAUGUGGAAACACGUUUGCCACUCGAUGUUCCCUUAGAAGACACCUCACCUGGAAUAGAUGCAAAGGUGCUCGGGUCACAAACCUGCCCUCAAACCCACCCAGAACCUAUCACUGUUCCCAUUGCAACUCAGACUUUCCAAACACAAUUAGUCUCUUGUUUCACCAGAGGAGUGGGGCUUGCAAGCCAGCCAUAAAGCCUGUGCGCUGCCCUGUUUGUCUUCGCUGGUUUGGCACUCUUGACAGUUUGCAGAAACACUUGCUUACCCACAAACAGUCAGAAUCGUACCGCUGUGAUGUUUGUCAGGGUACAUAUCCAAGCCUGAAAUCACUGAAAAACCAUCGCAGGAGGAUUCAUCGCAUUAUGGCUGGAGACACUAAUCCAAAACCACAAGAACAACUUGAUUCAUGA